CAUCGAAUCUGAAAUCCUCGAAGAUUGCUGUCUCGCUGCCUGUCAAGUCCUCCUCAAAUUCCACCUCCUCCUCUGAGACCUAAGACACGCUCCGCCUGUGCUGUGAAUAAUCCUAGGAAGUUUUUAUAUAUUUUGUAAGACUGUUCUUUUCUUUCCCUUUUCUCUUUUAGUGCCUGUCUGAGCAGUCCUGCCUUUCUUCUGCCUGUCAUCAUGUUGAUGCAGGAGGCUGAAGAUGACCAUUCUCUGCUCAUCUAUAUGGGAGCCACUGUGAUCUAUGGUGGGACAAUAUUUUAUCAAGCCAAGAAGAACCGAGUGGAGAAAGCAACUGCUUUUCGCUGUGGCCUCCUGUUGCUUUUGGUUGUGGAAAUCCUCUGCUUUUCCACCCUGAGAAGUUCUGUAGGCUUGGCUUUAUUCUCCCUGGCGUGUCUCAUGUUUUGCUUUUACACUCCUGUGCAAGCCAUGUUACCCGUGGAUCGUAAAGCGGUGCUCAUCACAGGAAGUGACAGUGGAAUCGGUCAUGAGCUCGCAAAGUACCUUGACAGUUUAGGAUUUACUGUAUUUGCCAGUGUUUUGAAUGCAAAAGGACCCGGUGCAAAAAAGCUGAAGGAAACCUGUUCAGAGAGACUUUCCAUCCUGCAACUGGAUGUCACUAGUUCUACGCAAAUAAAGGAGGCUUAUCUUGAAGUAAGACGGAAGUUGCAAAAUGCAGACCUUUGGGGUGUUAUCAACAAUGCAGGAAUAUUGGGGUUCAUAGCUGACGGCGAAUUGCUUCCUAUGAGUUCUUACAAGCAGUGCAUGGAUGUAAAUUUCUUCGGCCCUGUUGAAUUAUCCAAAACAUUCUUACCGUUGCUUCGGAAAUCCAAAGGAAGGCUUAUUAACAUUUCAAGCCUGGCAGGAGGAAUCCCGAUGCCACGACUUGCCGCCUAUGGAUCAUCUAAAGCAGCGCUGACCAUGUUUUCUGGAGUCAUGAGGCAGGAACUAUCAAAGUGGGGCAUUAAAGUUGCUGUUCUUCAGCCCUCAGGCUUCAAAACAGCAAUCGGGGGGAAUCCUGAAGAAUGGAAUAAGGAGGAACAGAACCUUCUGGAGAACCUAACUCCAGAUGUGAAGAAAGAUUAUGGUGAGGAUUACGUCCAUAACAUGAAGAUAUUCCUUAGUCAGAUGUCUUCUCUGUGCUCAUCCGAUCUCUCACCUGUGUCCUCUGAUGUUCUACAUGCUUUACUGGCUAAGCAUCCAAAAGGUUUAUACACUCCAGGCAGCAAUAGUUACACAUUCCUUCUUAUGUUCUGCUAUUUUCCUCUCUGGUUUUAUGACUUUUUCAUGAGCAAAAUCAUGAAUAACCCUAAUGUGCCUUAUGCGCUCGGAACAGCAGAGACAAAAAACAGUUUGUAAGGUGAGUAGGAAGUCCAUGCCUCCUUCAAAAAUGAAGAUAGCAGUCCACCACAUUUUUGAUGAUUUGUGGCCUCUAUUUGGUAAGUUAUUCAGCUAAUUAUGGGAGAUAGGACAGGUGUAAAUAAUACACAGAUGUAAAGAUAGAUAUAAAUGUAAGCAUAGAUUUAGGGUGGUUCAGAAAAAGGGAGUUUUAACUUUAUAAUCACUAAUAUCUCAUGAUAAUACUUGGUACAUUUCAUCUUUGUUUUGAGAUAGAGAGUAGCUUUUCCUGGAAUUUUCCAUUGUAUUUUAUGGCAAUGCUGAAAAAUGUCUUCCCUUUUCCAAAGAUUCAUAUCUAAUUUUUCAUACCUUUUGCUUGCCCUAAUCAAAUCAAUACACAUUGGGGCAACAUAUCAGGGUGGCCAUCAUGUACCCUAUAUCCUUUGUUCCGAUGAUCUUGCUCAGGAGUUUAUAAAAGACAAAGGAAAUCAUGCUUACCUGAAGAACUCCUCCUGAAAACUCUAGGGGAAGAAUGUGAACUCAGUCUAUGCAUUUACAUACUCUAAUUACAUGGAAUCUUUAUUACUAAUCAGAAACCCAGCAAAAUGCAGAAAUCCCUACUGCUUCUAUAGAUGAAUGCUUAUAGGCUAUGUUCAGGAACUCAGAACCAUGUGAAGAUUUAGGGAGUAGAGUCUGGUCUAUUGCACUGCCUCAACCAUAUACUGAAUGUGAACCGUGAUAGGGUGUGACCACCAUAAUGUUAAUCCAAGCAGUAGAGAUAGAUGAUAGAUAGAUAGAUAGAUAGAUAGAUAGAUAGAUAGAUAGAUAGAUAGAUAGAUAGAUAGAUAGAUACUUAUUUUUAAAAGAGAUUUCCAUUGUGCCAAAAUGGUUGGAUGGCUGGUCUGGGAAAUGGAGAGACUAUUUGGUUCAACCCUCUACAUGACUGUUUCUUGGGAUACAGUGUUUCUACCAUAAAUCUAUAAAGGAAGUGUGAAUGCAAAA